UUGGAUGUAGGCUGAAUUCAGUAGACGAAACUUAGCAAAACAUAUUUUUAAACGGAAACGGUGGUGCCUUGAACACACUUGUGUAUGUAAGCGCGCUGAUUUGUACUGCAUUUUUAACCACAGCAGUGUUUGCAAAUGUGUUGCAGCUGAUUGGUAACUCCUGUGACCCUAACUAGUUUCGAGUUCCAGAGAUCCCAGCUUUCUUUGCAGCGCUGUGAAAGUGUUUUUUUGUUUUUGUUUUUUUUCUGUUCUGUGACUUUUAUUGUAUAACGUUAACCGUAACGUUACACUGGGAUGACCGGAGGCAGUAUGUGGAGUCAGUUUGCCGCAUUCCUGUUAUGCUAACGUUAGCAACCGUUAGCUAACGUAAGCUUAAGUAAUGUAUCACCAGUGGCUGAAAGUUUUCCAGACAGUUGUCAUCUGAUCGAUUUUUCAUCUGGGGCUGCUCCUUGUUACGCGAGCUUUGGUCUGGACUCUAGAGAGUGCUGCUGAAGGAGUUUCAUCUUACCCAUAAUCACCUGACUUGCGAAAGCAGCUCUGAUAUUGGAUCAGAGUAUUGAGUGGCACUACAGCUAUCCAAGAAAUGAUUGGCAGUGAUCAAAGCCAAGAAAAACCAAGUUAGAUUAAAGAAAUUUGCAAGAUGACCCUGCAUUUUCUUUUCUUGUCACUGCAGUGGUCCAUGUCCAUUUCUCAGGUGUUUGCUGAGUUCCUCGCUUUACAAAUGUUGAACCUAUGCAACCAAUUCUACUGCGAGCUUGAGAGAUGCACACCAAAACUGAUUGCCCUGUACAUGCAGACGGCCAAGAGAGCAGAGGCCCUGCAGAGAUCCUCAGGAUUUGUGACCUUCAGGUUCAGCGACCUGUUUGCCCUGGCAGAGGAGUCCGAGGACUCCCAGACCAAGCCUCCCAAGUCCCGCCGUAAGGCUCCGGCCUCCUCGCCUCGCUCCCGGAAAGGAGCGGCUCUGCCCACCAACAACAAGGAGGAGAGCGCCUCCAGCAGCACCUCGGUACGUAGCCCCACCUCCAACUACUCCUCUGUGUGAGGACAACCUGAAUCUGCAUUUUGUUCUUUGAUAGGUCCGUUUCAAAACUACAAUGGAAAAUUUGAUAUUUAAUGUCUGAUUUGUGAAACCAGGAAGUAGAUUUGUGUCUUCACCAAGCAGAACCUCCAGGUUUGAAAAGUGAUGCCUCAAACCUGCAUUCUCUCUAACAGCCAGCAGGGAGCGACUCCACUGGAUUGAAUAGAAGUCUGAGAAACUGUAGCUACUUCUCAGCUGAUGUAUUACCUCAGUAAACACUUUCCUGAUGA